AUGGCGAAGGCCAUGAAGCCGGACAGAGGCUACGAGAUGGGGACUAAAGAACUGGACAGAAACCAAGCAGGACUACAAAACGGGCGCCGGUUACCCGCAGCACUCGCCUCAGCCGAAACAGCCUCCUCCGCUGUCGAGCUCGACGACGGCCGCCUCUGCCUGAGAUCGGAAAACCAAGGUCGACAACAUCUUCGAUCCGCCACUUUGCCGUCGUCCCGUCGAUGUAAGAUGGACAUGAAUUCAGCCGUGAAGUACCUCGUCGGGACUUGUCCCACCACCGCCCGCCGCCGACCCGCUAGUUUAGGAGCAGAUGGGCUCUGUUUCAUCCGCCUGAGAAUUGCAGACGUCCAUUUAUCGCCUCCGUCCCGUUCGCGACAUUCGACCGCCGCUGCCACCUCGUUCGCGACAUCCAACCGCCGCUGCCGCCCAGAUCUGCCAUCUUACCACCGUCGCUGUCUCGUCCCACCAUCCGACUGCCGCAGCCAGUCCUCUCCAUCACCGCCGACCACCGUUAUAGGUGCGGAAGAUCAACAAAUCGCGAUAGGUGCGGAGGAAGGGGGCCGCGUCGGAGUAAUUGGCGAUCUCCGACUGAUGGCGGCGACGGGCUGA